UUUAAGUUAUUUGUUUUGAAGAUAUGAUGAAUAUUAUUACAGAAUCUGUUAUUAAAUCAAGGUUAAGAUUUACACCUCGUAUUUACGGCAAAAAUGAGAAUUUUGUUGAAAAUGAGUUAAAAAAGCCUAUAUCUAAGGUUGUUGUGAGUGCAGAUGAAGGGUUGAAGACGGAGUUAUGUGGUAUUUUGAAAGAAACUCCGGAAAUUUUUAGUAAGAACCGAUUUUUUUGUUAUAAAGAAUGAAAGAUUGAUAAAUGAAAAAAAAGGAGAAAAAAGGGGGGAUUUAUUGAAAGAAAAGGAAGAUUUAGAUAGUGUUAAUCUAAAGGGAUUGUCAGCUGUUUUUAAAGAAUCAAAAUCGGAGGUUUCUAGGUUGGUAGAGGAUUCAGAAACGAAAAUUAAGUAUGAGAAUGAAAAUGGGAUAAAAAUACAAGAAAAUAUGGAGAAAAAAGUAUUAUCAAGGUCUAUUUUAUGUAUGAAUAAAGAAGAUCUGAAAAAAAAGGAAGAAGAUUACAGCAAAGUUUUGGAGAAUAAGAAUGAAGUUGUGGAUAAGGAUCAUAAAAUUAUAGUAUCUAAUCUAAAUAAUGAACAAAGUGUUAAAGAACGUAAAAAAAAUAAGAAAAAAAGGCCGGCAUCACCAAUUAAUAGUGAAGAGAUUACUAUAGAACCGAGUCAAAUUAAGAUUUCGGAUUUAUGUAAAGAUAUACGAAUAGGAAGAAAAAGUGUGAAAUUUAAUGAGAUUCGUAAAAUGGAAGCUGUAAAGAAAAAGAUGAAAUUAAAUAAUAGUGAAUUAUUUUCAAAGAAGAUAUUAGUGAAUGGAGAGGUAAUUCCUGAAACUAAAAAUGUUUCAGCUGAUAAAAACUUGCAAAAAACAUACUUGGAUACUCAUAAUUUGGGUUUGCCAAUAGUAAGAAAUGGAAAUAUGAAUGUAACAAAAAAUCAUUUAAAAGGGGCACCACAAGUUCGUGUAGUUAAUGGAAAGAUUGUUAUAGACGAAACUUCUUUACAGGUCGAUAGACGUGAAAGAGAUGUUAAUCCUGAUAUUGAGAUGGAGCUGGUUGAAGAAAAUGAUUUAUCAAGAAAAGUUAAUAGUGCUAGCUGGGGCAAAAGAGAAAAGUCUGAUCGAUGGUCUUUAGAAGAAACUCAAAGAUUUUAUAAUGCAUUGUCUCAAUGGGGAACGGAUUUUGGUGUUAUAUGUAAGAUGUUUCCAAAUAGAAGUCAGCGACAAAUAAAAAAUAAAUUCAAUUCAGAAGAAAAAAAAUAUCCUGAAAGAAUUAAUACUGCUCUUAAAUCACGGAAACCUAUUGAUAUUCUUGCAUAUUCGAAAGCUGUUGGUUCUACUUUUAGAUCUAUUGAUGAAAUUGAAAAUGAAUUAAAAAAAGCAAAAAAAGAUUUUGAAGAAUCAAGGAGGAUUUCGAUGGAAAAUUCGAAAAUUUUGAUUAAUAAGAAUGUAUAAAUUGGAAGU